AUGGCGAAUCUCUACAUUGCGCAUCACAACUACGAUGCCGAAAAGGGCGACGAGUUGAGCCUCCAGGUCGGAGACAUCAUUACUGUUUCGGACAACUCUGACCCUGGAUGGUGGGUUGGUGAGAGGGUCAAGGACGGUCAAGCAGGCUGGUUCCCCGCCAACUUUGUGGACCCUUAUGAAGAAAAGCCAGCAGCACCAGAAGUAGCAGCACCCCCCGCCCCACCAGCUGAUCCCGUCCCAGCAGCGCCUGUUGAGGACGAAGCGGUGACUGCUCCAGCAGCAGCGGAGAGUGCUGCCCCCCCUGCACCCAAGCACGAAGGCCCCGUUCUCGCUAGAGUGGAAUACGAUUACGAGGCAAAGGAAUCGAGCGAGUUGUCACUGGAGGUCGGCCGCGUGGUAACCAUUCUCGACUCGAGCGACCCUGCUUGGUGGACUGGCGACUUGAACGGCAAAGUUGGAACUUUUCCUAGCAAUUACGUCAAACUUUUGGAGCACAAGGAGGAGACUGUAGACGCUGGAGACAAGCCUACCAAGUUCAAGUUGGCUGCAUUUGGAGUCAAGCAAGGAGGUCUCGGAUCAUUGUUUGCAGGAGGAGUCGUUCCUGGACUCAAGAAGACGGGAGGAUUGAAGAAACUUGGAGGCGUUAGCGAGCCUGCAGCUCCCGCUCCAGCUCCAUCUGUCGGAGGUAUGGUUAAGAGGACUUCGGUCGAUGAGCCUCGCUCUCCUGUCGUGGCUGCAGCUCCACCUAAGAUCUCGCCUCCUGUCGCCGAAGAGAUUGUCGCCCCUUUGAUUGCCCACCACACCCCUGCUCGCGCCACUCCUCCUGCACCCGCACCCGCUACUCCUCCUGCACCUGUUGAGGAGCCUGUUGUUGCUCAGGAGCCUCGCGUCCCCAGCCGCGCCAAGAAGCCCAAAUCCAAACAAAUUAGAGCGUUGGUUGUUUACGAUUAUACUGCUCAGGAGGAUGACGAGAUUGCAUUGGUCAAGGGAUCGACCAUUGUUGUGACAGAUAAGAUGGGCGAUGAGGGAUGGUGGAGCGGAAGGAACGAAGACGGCGAAGUCGGAAACUUCCCUUCGGACUUUGUUGAGGAGAUCAAGGAAGAGGCCGUUCAGUCCCCCAGAGUUGCACCCGCUGCACCAGUCCCAAUUCUUGCACCUGCCCCAAUUCUUGCUCCUAUCGCAAUCCCUGCACCUGCACCCGCACCUGUGGCUCAGGAGGAAACACCCAAAUCCCCAGUUCAAUCUCGCCCACCCGUCCACGCGCCAGCCCCACUCCCUGCCGUCCCUGCUGAGCCUCUUCGUGCUGAGCCAGUGCGCGCUAGGACCAACGAGACUCCCAUGGCAACUCCUCCAGCAUUCCCUCGUGGAUCGCGCCCACCAUCAAUGAUCUCGUCACCAACACCCUCCUCUGCCCAACUCUAUGAUCGCGCCUCGAUCGAAGGGCCACCACUUCCCAGCUCUCCUCCACCCAAGAGAAUGUCGAUAAUUUCCCGCACCAGCAGCCAUGAUGUUCCCGGAUCGCCCCGCCUUGCAUCCGUCCCUGUCUUCCCCAACCCUGAUGUUUCCUCGCCAACUUCAACUCAGCCUCCAGCUGGUGACUUGAGCCGCUCCAGCACUUUGCGCCGCCCCCAGAAGCCUGUUCCUGAGGCUCCUUUGACCGAGGCGGAUGAGACUUCAGAGGAACAUGUUGCUGCCGAGACCCCCGAGACCCCUACCUCAGACUCGAAACGCAACUCCUACAUCCUGCCUACGCCUGUUGCUCGCAGCCGACCAUUGCCUCCUUUGGCCCGUCCUCCUUCUAUCCACUCUAUCGCUGAGAAUAGAAGAUCCAUUGCUACCCCCCCUGUGAGCCACUUGCCUUCUGUCUCCAGCGAGGCUGAAGAACACGAGCCUGUUCACGAGGAAAUCGUUGAAGAGGAAGAAGUUGAAGUUCAUCACGCGUCUGAGGCACCUGUUCACGAGGAGGAAACUGUGGAGCACCAGGAGGAACCCGAGGAGCCAAUUCCUUCUCAGGAGGAGCAAAAGGAGGUCGAGCAGGAAGAAGAGACUGUUACUGACCCCGCUGCUGUUGAAGAGCAAGUUGAGGAGGAGAAGGAACCUGAGAAGCCCAAGCUGCCCGAGUUGGAAAGCACUGGCCCUGCACUGAGCCAUAUUUCUAGACCCAGACCCGCCAAGGGCCGCAAGCCUCCUACCGCACCCGUCCCUACCGAGACCAGCAGCUUUGUUGCCCAAUUGGAAGCCGAAGUCAAGGCCGCCCCUGCCGAGGAAGUCAAGAAGCCAGAGCCUGCUCCAGUUCCUGUAGUUGAGAGGGCAGCUCCUCCACCCAAGCCUGUAAAGCCCAUCUUCCAAAAGUUCCCUACUCCUUUUGCCGGUGCACAGCCUGCAUCAAUUUCGUUGCGCCCCACUGGUCGUCGCACCGAGUCUGGAAACGAGGGACCCCUGAGCCCCGUGAACUCCUCAUCAUCAUCGGCUGGAUCUCCUGCCAAUGCACCCACCCCUGCUGGCGGAGUUGCACCCCCCACUGGUGGUGUCAAGUCGCUGAGCUCUCGUUUCGGUCAGUUCCAGGGCGUCCCAGCCUCGGGCGGCAACUCUGCGGCACUUGAGUUGGAGAUCGCAAAGUUGCGUCGCUGGAUGACCGAGGAACUUGAUCGUGUCAAGAAGGAGCUCUCUGAUGAGCGCGAGGCCCGUGAGAAGCUCCAGGAGGAAGUUAACCAGCUUAAGGCUCAGCUCCAAGGUUGA